AUGGACCCCUCAGUGACCAAAGCCACCCUGAAGGUGCUGGGGCUGUGCGUGGUCCUGAUCUUCCUGGUCGCCGCCGUGACGAUCUCCGUGGCGGUGAUGAUGUGGCACUCGGAGGCAGUGCGGAUGCUGCAGGGAUGCCGGGAGCAGGCAGCCAAUGAGACCUCAGCCCUGGGGGGCCGCGUGGCCGAGCUGGAGCGGGACGUGGCCGAGCUCACCGGGCGGCUGCAGGAGGACGCCCAGAAGGAGAAGCAGCUUCAGAGGCAGCUGGGCCAGGCCAAGGAUGAGGGCAGGAAGCUCAAAGCCACCUUGCUGUCCUGCCGGGAGCGUGAGAGCACGCUCUCCGCCAACGUGACAGCCCUGCGGAACGCGCUCGCGGCCAUUCAGCUGGAGGGCACCGAGAUGGACACUAGAAACAUCGCCUUGCAAGCGGAGCUGACCCAGUGGCAGGGGAAAGCCACAGAGCAGGAGCUGCGGCUGGAGGAGGCCCUGCAGCAGCACCAGGCGUCGGAGGCGCAGAGGGGGCAGUGCGAGGCCCGGCAGAGCGAGCUCCAGCGCAGCAUGCGGGACUACAGGGCCGAAAUCGAGUCCCUCCAGCGGCGGCUGAGCUCCCGAGCCACCAGGCGCAGGUGCCCCCCAUUCUGGUAUUUUGUGUGGGUGCUGGCAAGCACUUCUUGCUUUAUUUUCUCGCUCGAAGGGUUGAAAUCUUACAUCUGAAGCAUCUAGGGGAAGCCAGGCUUAAAGGAGAUGACAGGGCUCGUGAGCAACCAUUUCUGACCCCCACCCCCCUUUCUACAGAGCGGGGCACGCUGCAGCUCCACACCAGAGACAGCUGCAAUGACCCGAAAACAGCUGCAGCAUGGAACGGCCCCGUCCCGCUCCAGAAGCCAGCAGCCUCCUCCUGCAACAGUAACAGCCAUAAACUAAUUGAAAAGACACCGAGUCCGCUGGAUCCUACUAGGCUGAGGCACCCCAAGGGAUGCUGGGAAAUCUGUCAUUGUACCGUGCGGCAUGGACCUCUCUCUCUCUCUCUCUCUCUCCUGGCUCCAUUCUGUCUCCCUCUCCCUGCUCCUCCCUUCCCUCCUUUGCGACAUGCUUCUGCCUGGAGUCUACUGAGCUCUGCACAGCGUGUGCCUGCGUCUAAGCUGCCUGGUGUCGUUCUUGAUCGUAUAAUCUACUCACCGGGAGGAAAUCAGACCACCUGGUGCUAAUUUCCCCUCUGGGGCUGGACU